UUAAAUUAUUUGGACUUUUUGUUCCAAUUUGGCUAUUUAAAGCCUUUUUAUGCUUAAUAAAAUUAUUGAGAGACAUUUUCAAUCAAUAUUUUUAAUCUUUUUUUACUGCCCAUCUUUUAAAAAACCCAACAGUGUUUGAUAUAUUCACUAACCUAUAAACUUCAAAUCUUAGCUUCGCUUGUUACGAUAUCAAUUGGUACAUGGAGUUAACCACCUCACGAUAGGUUCACCUAUUAAAGAGAAAUUUACACGGAAUUGUCAGUAAGAAGUUACAUAUUAGUACCAACUUACUAACUUAGAAAACGAAGCAAGUUAUGUGCUACAACAGGUUUACACUAAUAAUAAAAGAAGAUCUAAUUAUUGUUAGAGUUCAAUGAUUGUUGGGGUCCAAGUCAAGGUCUUCAUCCAUUCUUUAAUAAAAUGUGUUAGGUAAAGGCUACUUCUAAUACUAAAGACUCACAUUUUGCAACAAAAAGGUUGUUGAUCUUCAAAUCAUAUUACUUUCUCAUCAUGGCUGAAAUUCUUUACGGGCUUGCUGCUGAAAUCUUGAAAAACUUGGGUUCUCUUGCAGCCCAAGAAGUAGGAUCAAUUUGUGGACUAAGCGAUGAACUUAGCAAGCUUUCUGGUACAGUUUCUUCAAUCCAAGCUGUACUAAUUGACGCGGAGGAGCAGCAGCAGAGUAGCCAUGAGGUGAGGGAUUGGAUAAGGAAACUUAAAACAGUUUUCUUUGAGGCUGAUGAUCUCUUGGAUGACUUUGCUACUGAAGUGACACAUCGAAAAUUGGUGAGUAAGAUGUUUUUGAAGUGAAAGUGAUUGCAGAAAAAAUCGUCGAAUCUGCAGGAGGGGAGAAGGCUAAUUACCUUCAACUAGAUGCUGUG